AUGUUUCGUCAUUCUAUCCAGAGAUUAACUAUUCGUAGUCAAUCAACCGUGACCAAGGCAAACACCAGAGUUUUGUCCAAUGCUUACGUUGGCCAGUUGGACAAAAGAUGGGAGUCCUUACCAAAAGAAGAUCAAACUGCCUUAAUAGAUGAGUUAAAGUCCAGACAGGAAUUGCCAUGGCAACAGUUGUCGGCCGAAGAAAAGAAGGCUGCUUAUUAUAUUUCGUUUGGAGAAUGGGGGCCCAGAAAACCUCUUUAUGGACCUGGUGACAGAUCAAAGGUGUUUUGGGGUACCGUGGCUGGGUUGGUCAGUGGAGUGGCUUUGUUUGCAGCCGUGAGAGUGUUUGCAGCUCCAGGUCCUUCGACCUUGAACAGAUCAUGGCAAGAAGCUUCUGACGACUACUUAAAAUCCAAGAAUGCCAAUCCUUUCACUGGCUACUCUCAAGUCCAAUAA